ACUUCGGUCUGGCGGCGGCCUAGGCAAUGCCUCUGCUGGUGGACGGGCGGCGCGUCCGUCUGCCACUGUCGGCUACGGAGCUGGUCCGAGCGCACCCGCUUCUGGAGGAGAGAGCCAGACUUCUCAGAGGUCAGUCUGUUCAACAAGUGGGACCCCAGGGCCUUCUGUAUGUUCAGCAGAGAGAGCUUGCAGUGACCUCCCCAAAGGAUGGCUCCGUCUCCAUUCUGGGUUCUGAUGAUGCUACCACUUGUCACAUUGUGGUCCUGAGGCACACAGGAAAUGGGGCGACCUGCCUGACACACUGUGAUGGAUCUGACACCAAAGCUGAAGUCCCCUUAAUAAUGAACUCCAUAAAAUCCUUCUCUGAACAUGCCGAGUGCGGAAGGCUGGAAGUCCACCUUGUGGGAGGAUUCAGUGAUGAUAGGCAGUUGUCACAGAAACUUACGCAUCAGCUUCUUAGUGAAUUUGACAAACAGGAUGAUGACAUUCACUUAGUGACAUUAUGUGUAACAGAAUUAAAUGACCGGGAAGAAAAUGAAAAUCACUUUCCAAUCAUUUAUGGCAUCGCAGUCAACAUUAAAACUGCAGAGAUUUACAGAGCUUCCUUUCAAGAUCGUGGCCCAGAGGAGCAACUGCGUGCUGCGAGAGCUUUAGCAGGAGGCCCAAUGAUUAGCAUUUAUGAUGCAAAGACAGAACAACUUCGAAUAGGCCCGUGUUCCUGGACGCCAUUCCCACAUGUGGAUUUCUGGUUGCAGCAAGAUGACAAGCAAAUCCUAGAGAACCUUUCUACUUCUCCUCUGGCUGAGCCCCCCCACUUUGUUGACCAUAUUAGAUCUACCUUGAUGUUUUUAAAAAAAUUCCCAUCUCCAGAGAAUAUACUGUUUCCUGGAAAUAAAGCUCUCCUCUACAGAAAAAAUAAAGAUGGCUUAUGGGAAAAGAUCUCUCCAGGGAACUAACAUCAGAUCUGGGUUACCGAAGAAUUCACCUUUUGGCCUGAAGAGACCGUUGCUGGUUUGGAAUUCACACCUGCGCACUUUUACUUCCUCCAUCCUUACUGUCUCCCGAAAUAAAGCCUCAUUUUGGCAAA